AUGCGUAAUGAGAUUCGAUCCCUUCGGACGAAUCCAUCCAUUCCAGCUAUGGGACGCCCUGGUGCGCCGGCAACCAUACCGGUACCACGAUUCCAUCGCCAACGAUUUACGCCACCUACACGACCGAUAGCCUCCGAUUCGGAGUUCGAAAUGGAACGUCCUCAGCCAUUUGAAGUGUCUGAUUCAGCUGAAGAAGAUCCACCCGCUUAUUAUGAUCGGCCCAGACGACCACAAGCACAGCACCGUCAACAUGGGGAAUUCCGAGUGAAGUUAGACAUUCCCUUCUUCGAUGGUCGAUUGCACAUCGAAAAUUACCUCGAUUGGGAGCGAGCAGUGGAAUCUUUUCUGGACUACAUGGAAAUAGCUCCGGAUAAACAGGUGAAGUACGUCGCUUGCCGAUUAAAAGCAGGGGCCGGAGCGUGGUGGAUGCAAUUGUUACAAAGACGGCGGCGAGAAGGUAAAGGUCUGAUUACGAGCUGGUAUCAGAUGAAGAGAUUGCUGCGAGGACAUUUCUUGCCCACUGAUUUCGAACAAAUGCUUUACCUCCAGUACCAACAUUGCGUGCAGGGCAAUCGAACAGUGAAUGAAUACACAGAAGAGUUUUACAGGCUGAGUGCUCGAAACAACUUGAACGAGACGGACAAUCAACUUGUAGCAUGCUACAUUGGAGGAUUGAAAGAGAUUAUUCAAGAUAAGCUUGAAUUAAAUGCGGUUUGGUCAUUAUCCCAAGCAGUCAAUUACGCUCUGAAAGUCGAAUUACAACUCAACCGACACCCCAAGAGCAAUUACCAUCGCCGGUAUAAUUCUGAAGCUGUGACGCCUCAACUGGCUGCUGGCCCAAAUAAAUCUCUAGCCCCAUCGCCAAGUGGUACAGGAAUCUUAGGGGCUGAACCGAAAUCUUUGCCUAGCCCGAAAACCGCCGUGAAAGACACCAAACCAACAACGCUCAAAUGCUACCGUUGUUUUCAACCCGGACACAAAUCGAACGAGUGUCCGAAUCGCCAACAACUUCAGCUGAUGGAAGGAGAGCUGGAGGAUGAUGCUGAACUCCCACCCGGCGACAAUGCAAAUGAUCAGGAACAUGAAUUUCUCCAAACAGAUGAAGGCGAGACGGUAGCUUGCGUUUUGGAGAAGCUAUUGCUAGCACCUAGACAGAACAAUACCUCUCAACGCCAUUCCAUUUUCUGCACUUGUUGCACCAUCAGCGGAAAGGUUUGCAAUAUGUUGAUUGACAGUGGUUGCACGGAAAAUAUUGUGUCCAGAUUAGUAGUGCAAAAGUUGCAACUGAAGACGACGAAGAAUCCUCAUCCGUACAAAAUAAGCUGGGUCAAGAAGGGUGUUGAGAUACUUGUGUCCGAAAUGUGUAGACUCGCAUUCUCCAUAGGCAAGAAUAAUGUCUGUGAAGUAUUAUGCGACGUCCUUGAGAUGGACAUUUGCCACCUUAUCCUAGGACGGCCUUGGCAGUUUGAUGUGGGGGCUGUCCAUGAUGGCCGGAAUAAUACUUAUUCAUUCGAAUGGACGAAUCGGAAGAUUGUCUUGCUGCCGCAAACUCCUAACUCUUCGGAUAAGGACCAUACUGAUCCUGCAGCCAUGUAUAUUGUGUCGGGAACCAGCCUUAUACACUCUUGGCAAGAGAAUUCACCCAUGUUUGCACUUAUAGCCGGAGCAGCAAGACCUGAUCCAGUACCAACUAGUGUUCCAUCCGAGGUCCAGGACAUCCUGCAGCGAUUCACUGACGUUUGGCCUACCGAAUUACCUGAUUCUCUUCCUCCUCUGAGAGAGCUGCAACAUCAGAUUGAUUUUCAACCGGGAGCGACACUUCCUAAUCUUCCACAUUACAAAAUGAGCCCACAAGAGCACACGGCCUUAAGGAAAAUCAUUGAUGAAUUACUGCAUAAGAAGCUAAUCCAACCUAGUAUGAGUCCUUGUGCUGUACCGGCUUUACUAUUACCAAAGAAAGAUGGUAGCUGGAGGCUAUGUAUUGAUAGCCGGGCUAUCAAAAAAAUUACAGUGAAGUAUCAGUUUCCCGUACCUCGUCUUGAAGACAUGCUGGACAAAUUGGUGGGAGCCGCCAUCUUCUCCAAGCUGGAUCUUAGGAGUGGCUACCACCAGAUACGUAUCAGGCCCGGUGACGAGUGGAAGAUAGCGUUCAAGACUCGGGAUGGCUUAUUUGAAUGGCGCAUCAUGCCCUUCGGUCUCUGCAACGCACCGGCUACGUUUAUGAGAUUAAUGAACGAGAUCCUCUGGCCUGCUCUGGGAAAAUAUUGCGUCGUCUACUUUGACGACAUUCUCAUAUUCAGUUCUACACUCCAAGCUCAUUUACAGCAUCUCACUUCUAUUUUUGAAAUUUUGAGAACUCAUAAGCUCUACAUUAAUCUCCCUAAAUGUGAGUUUGCAAUAGGAUCUGUGGACACUGAUGCUUCCUCUGUAGGAAUUGGAGCAGUGCUUUCUCAAGAGGAUAAUGGCUCACUUCCUUCCCUGCAAGAAGACAUUCGAUGCUUUAAAUGUCGUUAUUCUCUUCUUCAAAGAGAUCAUGCCUUAUCAUCCCCAAUCCGAUGGCCAAACAGAAGUGGUCAAUCGGACACUCGGCAGUAUGCUUCGGUGUUUAGCUCACGAACACCCAAACAGUGGGACGACUAUCUUGGCCAAGCGGAGUUUGCAUAUAACUCAAUGGCCAAUCGCUCUAUCGGCCAGUGCCCCUUCAGUAUUGUAUAUACAAAGACACUAAAUCAUGUGGUAGACAUUACAUUUCUACCUCAAUGCCGCAGUAAAUCAGCAGUCAAGACGUCUGAAGAUUAUACGAAGCUAUUGGCUGACAUUAGACUCAAAUUGGAAGCCGCUAAAGAGGAUUAUAAACACACUGCCGACGCCAAACGCCGCUUGAAAGUAUACAAUCCAGGAGAUCUGGUGAUGGUCCGCAUCCGCAAGGAAAGAUUACCGCCGGGUACCUUUUCAAAAUUGAGCCCGCGCAAAAUUGGUCCUAUACCAAUUUUUCGACGAAUCAACGACAAUGCUUAUGUUGUUGAUCUUCCGCCGUAA